CGUAGUUCAGAGUUUGCCGGACAAAAGUGCGCGUCAGUUCAAUCGCCAAAAGUUUAAGUGCCGCUUUAGUUUGCCAAGAUUAGCUAGCUCACAAGUUCCUCCAUUUUUGAGACACCUUACCGAUAUUGGUAUCAAGAGAAGAUUGUCUGGUAGUUCCACUAGGAUUCCUUUUUGACCAUUAUCGAACGCCGAUUAAAACCAUUAGGGCCCGGAAGAAGUGAAAGCUUUCCUCCUUCUCCUUAUUCAACCAAGGCAAUUUUCACACGGUCACACGAUAGGCCGAAACUCAAUCCGGAAAGCGAUUCGUAGGCUUAAAAGUAUUUAUCGCACUAAAAUUUUUGAAGCUGUAAUAAACUUAAAGUACUGCUAUCAGAAGUUAGUGCUUUUGCCUGCGUUUUCGAUUCCGGAAGUCUCAACAACAACCUUAAAGCUUUUGAUGUAAAACCAGUGUGAUAAUCUGUGGUCAUUAAGUUUUUGAAAGCACUUGAAGUUGAAAAGUGUUGCAUGACGCCCCGAUUGGCGGUACUGCAAAAAAGCGCCAAAAUGUAUACUGCUUCUGUAGUCAUCAUAUCUCAGUUUCUUUGCAAGUUUAAGUUUAAAAUUGUAACUUUCCUUUCCAUGAAACGGAACGCACUGUAAGAAAUUCCCUACAGUCUGAUUGAAGUUCAAGUGUGUACCUAGUCGAAAGCUACUUGUAGAUUAGCUGCAUCACUCCCGGAGAUUAUCGUUACUUAGUUGGAUUAUUACAAAUGCAUUUGUCACCGCGUGAAUAUAAGUGCACUUGAAGCUGCCCACUUUUGGUAAACAGAAACGGCGUCUGACACCCAUACACCGUAGCGUUAGCAUUUAGUAGAAAAGAUUAUAAAAUCACACUUGGGACAGUUGUUAGUAUCAGUUCAUCAGUUCAUCGACGAUUUGUGGACAGAACGGAGCGAAAGUUGUGUCCGGAUUUGUUUGUGAAAUGUUACGAAUAUUGAAACGAUCCAGUGGAUGUGCGGCAUCUUCCUUCAGAUUUUACUCAGCACAGUCUGCAGCUUCCACUGCCGUUGAUCCGGAAUGGGCCAAUGCGUUACCGUUCGAGAAAAUACCUGGGCCCCCAAAGGCGGCACUGAUGGCCGGGAUGAUCUACGGGGGCCUCUUUACCCAGGAAGGCACCCUGGUCGAUCAGCUGCAAACCAUCCGCAAAACCUAUGGUGAUCUGGUGAGGGUUCCGGGCGUUUUCGGCCGACCUACUCGGUUGUUGUCUUUCAGUCCGGACGACUGUGAGAGGGUGUUCCGCACCGAGGGUCAAUGGCCAAUGCGCGCAUCGCUGGAAACGUUUACCUACUACCGAAAAGAGCUACGCAAGGAUGUCUUCAAGGAUAUGGGCUUGGUUACUGAACACGGUGAAGAUUGGCACAAAUUUCGAACGAUAGUGAACCCAGUAUUGAUGCAACCCAAAACUGUUAACUUAUAUGUUGAUAAACUAGAUGAAGUGGCCAGAGAGUUUAUUGGGAUAAUGGGAUCCCUGAGAGAUGAGAAGAGCGAGUUACCUGGUAAUUUCAAUCAAUGGAUAAAUCGCCUAGCAAUGGAGAUGAUGGGUGUCUUGGCACUCGACACCAGACUUGGAGUUUUGUCUGCUGAUAAAGCAGGAGAAGCUGAGAAACUUGUCGGAUUGGUCAGAGACUUAUUUCAACUGUCGUUUGAAUUGGACGUUCAACCCUCAAUUUGGAAAUAUGUUAAAACGCCGACCUUCCAUCGUCUAAUGGCUGUAUUCGAUGAAAUCACUCAGAUAAUCAGUGCCAAAAUCGACGAAUCCAUCAUCCGGUAUGAGAAAAAUCCCUCGGUCCACAGUGAUACCAUGAGUGUGCUGGAGAAGUUGCUGAAAAUUGAUCGGCAGGUGGCCUUCGUGAUGGUAUUCGACAUGAUGCAGGCCGGAAUCGAUACAACUUCAGCAGCCACUACCGGAAUCCUGUUUUCACUGGCCACAAAUCUGGACAAGCAGAACAAACUUCGAGAAGAACUUCGGACCAUCAUGCCCACGAAAGAUUCCCCACUGACGACGGAAAACAUGCGAAACCUUCCCUAUCUGAGGGCUUGCAUCAAGGAGUCACUCCGACUGGUUCCUGCCAUCGUUGGAAAUGCCAGGAAUACCGGGCAAGAUCUCGUCCUUCAAGGAUAUCAAGUUCACAAGGGUACCGAGUUGAUGAUCUCAUCGGUGGUGCUCAAUCAGGACGAUCGGCAUUUCGAACGGGCAAAGGAGUACAUUCCGGAGCGGUGGCUUCGUGGAAACGAGAGUCCGAACGUUAAGGAUGUGCAUCCGUUUCAGUUUCUACCGUUUGGUUUUGGGCCACGUGCCUGUGUCGGGCGUCGACUGGCUAUGAUGGAGAUGGAAAUAUUCAUUGCACGUGUGACGCGCCAAUUUGAGUACCGCUGGAAUCAUGGUCCACUGAGGAUUCGGAACUCCAUCGUUAAUACGGUUGAGAAUGAGCUGAGGUUCGAAAUGAAAGAUGUUGAAGAUUAGUUUCCACUACAAAAAAUAUAUUACCUUGUGCAUAAAAUUUCAAAAUCGUCUUUUCGAUAUUAAAGAAAGUGUAAAAAAACGAA